AAAAAACAUUAAGGCAAAAACUUCCAACGGGACGAAAAGUGGGCCAAAGCUUUAGUGAGGAAUCUUUAGUGCACUUCAGAGAGAAGAACAAAAACGAGAAUACUGAAUACAUCCACACACGCGCACGCGCACGCACGCACGCACACACUGAGGUGGAACAUCCACACUCUUUAAACCUUUUUUAUUUUUUUUAUCUGUUGUCAUCCCACAAGGAUUUACUUCCCACCACGGAUUCGAAGGCGGUGAGCGUGUUCUCCUCCCCCGUGCCCUUGCAUUUCUUCAAACUAGAAAUGGAAGAGAGCUCGAGUCCCCCCGUGUCUCCAGUGGACAGUCUCGGGACCAGUGAGGAGGAACUGGACCGCCAGCUGCAGCACCAGCAGCAGCAGCACAGACGCUUCGGUCGGAAGAGGAGGCCGAGUAAAAAGUCGAGUGAGGAGGACAGCUCUGGAGGAAGUCCCGGCUCGACCAAACGGAACAAGAAGGCGAGUCCGAGCCGAGCGCAGUCCUACGAGGAGCUGCAGAACCAGCGCGUGCUCGCCAACGUGCGCGAGCGCCAGAGGACUCAGUCUCUGAACGAGGCGUUCGCGUCUCUGCGCAAGAUCAUCCCGACCCUGCCCUCCGACAAGCUGAGCAAGAUCCAGACGCUCAAGCUGGCCUCCCGCUACAUCGACUUCCUCUAUCAGGUGCUGCAGAGCGACGAGAUGGACAACAAGAUGUCCAGCUGCAGCUACGUCGCGCACGAGAGACUCAGUUACGCGUUUUCGGUGUGGCGGAUGGAGGGCGCGUGGUCCAUGUCCGCCUCCCACUAGCGCACGAGCCACGGCCAGCACAGCGGAACACCGAUGCCACAUGGACUGUUUACUUCCACUAUUUCUGAAGACACCAAAGGAUUUAUAACAACCCGUGAAGCUUCAUGCCAGGACCAAAGACAUGAUCCGAGCUACACAACAUGGACUCACGGUGCCAAUGAAGCCAGAGACAGGGAAGGCUCCACUUCAUACUCUCAGCACAGAGGGAAAAAUGCAGAGCAUAACUGAUCUUUAAUCAUUUCCUUGUGGUGAUGUCCUUAUGGUGAUAUUAAAAGAAAGCCAUCUUCUAUCUUUAAUGAAAUUAUAUUUUCCCCUUAAAAUAGAAGAGUUUAUAUAUAUAUAUAUAAAUAUAGAUGUAUAUGAUUUUUUUUUUUGGUAAAGAAUUGUACAUAAUGCUACCUGUGAGUUUGGUCAGCUUUUAAAGGGACCAAAUAAGAUUUAGAGCAAUAGUUUCCUGCAUGGAUUACUGCCUUUUUUUUUUUUUUUUACAAUCAAAACAAACAAAAAAAAUCUUUUUGUUCUAUGCAAGAAUUUCAAUUUUCCGUCCAUUUAAUUGUGCUUAUUUAUUAAAACAUAUUUUUUGAACAACCAGGUUGAUCUGUGGAUUAUGUAGCCUGGAAUAUACACAUUGCUUUUUUUAAGUAUAUUUAUUUCUUAAUAAGAAAAUCGCAGAAACCGAGCACGCAGUCUUGAGCUCCAUUUUCAAAUGAAAACUGUUCAUUAGGAGAGAAAUACGAGGCAGUAUUAAAGUUUUAUCCACCUUAAUAGCACCGUAUCAUUUAAACUGCUGGUGCUGCAGACCAAUUUUUUUUUCUUUCUUUCUAACGACCAAAACGAGCCGAUCCCGAGAGCAGAUUUAUUCUCCUUCAGUCCUGUAUAAAUGGAAAGCUGCCACACUUGCAUAGCGUGAAAUUGUUUACAGCUCAUUUUGCUCAGAUAAAGAUCUGCAGAAUAAAAGAGAGCGAUGUCCCAUGCGUUGACUGUGACCGAUGAAAGUGUACAGAAAUGUUGUGUGUAGUGCAGAACUAAUGAUCAACCACAGCGACGAGAUCGUUAUCUUCUCAUUCUAUAAUACUGAUCAUUUUCUGUACUUUUCCUCAUCACUGCAUGGGGUAGUA